UAAAACACAAGAGCUUAUGGGCAAGCUGGGACAGUGGGUGGAGGAGACAUUGCUGUGUCUUAUCCAAAAACCUACACUUUCAUUUGCACAAAUAACAUGAGAAAUUGAGACCCUACUCAAAAACAUGGCUCUUCUCUGUUUCAAUUCCUUCAAAUUUACCAUUCCCCAUUCAUCAUUUCCGUCUUCUUCUUCGUCCAUCUUUGCAGUUGGCACCGCCCCAAUUUCAAGAGCACACGUUGCUUUGCCCAGAAGGUGUUUGAAGGGUGUUCGAAUCUGGACACCCUUCGUUGCAAAAAGGAGGAGUGAUGGGAUGAUUGUUGGAGCUGCUGCUGCUGAUGGUGAUGGUGCAGAUGGAGCCACGUCAGCAGAAGAAGAAGGUGGUGGUGGGUCCCAGUCCCUUCCUCCUUCUGAAAGCAAGAAAGAGGUUGUUCAGGUUGACAAGCUUCCAUUGGAAUCAAAGCUGAAGGAGAGGGAGGAGCAGAGGCUGAGGAUGAAGCUGGCAAUGAAGAUAAGGUUGAAGAGGAAAAGACUUGUGAGGAAAAGGAAGUUGAGGAAGAAGGGUAGAUGGCCACCUUCUAAGAUGAAGAAGUUGCAGAAUGUCUGAUAUAAAAACCACAAUUUUCAUGUCCUGAUUCUGGUUAUUAUUCUAGUUCUGCCUUUAUUGUUUUCUGUUAUUUGUUAUUUGCCCAACCACAAUGUCUUGUGUAUUUUGACAAUUUUGUUAAUUUUCAAUCAUGAAUUUUAGUUUAUUGAGCUGUCCGCA